GCAACUGCGACUCACUCAGCUCCAUCACAUCCACUCCUUCACCGCGGAGAAAGUCUUCCUUCUUCAAAAGGAGCACUGCUGUUUAUUUACGCAUCCGGCAGAAUAACCAAGCGUCAAAGCUCUCGGACUCGUUUUUUUCUCUCUCUCUCCUCUCCCACCAGUCGAAUCGCUUGUCAUUCAAUGGGUCCGUGUGCAGUGCUGCUGUGCUCUGUGCUCGGGGUUCUCCUCGGCCAAGGAGUCGGGCAGAUCUCCAUAGAGGACUGCUGUAAAGAUGGCCAGAGGCGUGGCAAUGACAACGAAGACUGUGCGUCCCUCCCGCUCAUCUCUGAGUCAAUCCCGUGCAGGAUAGUGCAGGAGCAUUGCUGUGUAACAGUGCUUGAGGAUAACAUGUGCACCACCGGCAUCACUGUGGCCAAGGACCAAGGAGUCUGCGAUUCUUUAUUCACCAACACCUGCGAGACCAAGAGUACAAAGAUGUGCUGCGACUGUUGUCUUCUGGGGAAGGCGACCCAGGCGAAGGAUCUACCCUGUGACCACAACCUGUCGGUGGGCUACCAGUGUGGCUUGGUGUCCCGGGCCUGCUGCAUGGAUGGAGCCCCAGACAACCAGACCACACCCACACAAAAAACUGAAUUACCAAACAUGGAUGAAAACACUGACAACGGAGAAAAUUCGAUAUUAAGUGACCAGUGCAAAGGGAAAUGUGCUCAUGACUGUGUGGGCAAUGACACUUGUUCCUGCUUCAAAGGCUACAAACUCAAGCCAGAUGGAAAGAGCUGUGAGGAUAUCAACGAGUGUUUGUUGGGAGCCAGCAACUGUCGCGGAGGAGAGCGUUGUAUCAACACAGAGAGCUCUUUCCGUUGCCAGAGAGAGGUCAGCUGCGGUACUGGCUAUGAACUCACUGACGACAACAACUGCAAAGACAUUGAUGAGUGUGAGACUGGCAUCCACAACUGUGGCCCAGAGUUUGAGUGCCAAAACACCCAGGGGUCGUUCCGUUGUCUCCCUAAGGUGAAGUGUGGUCCCGGCUAUAUCCAGGAUGCCCUCGGCAACUGCAUUGACAUCAAUGAAUGUGUUAGCCAGAUGGGCCCCUGUCACCGCGGGCAGAUCUGCAUCAACACAGUCGGCUCCUACAUCUGCCAGAGGAACUCCGUUAACUGUGGUCGAGGAUACCACGUCAAUGAAGAAGGCACGCGCUGUGUUGAUAUUGAUGAGUGUAACGGCCCUGAAAAGGUCUGUGCAGGUCAUGGUUGCAUCAACAUGAUAGGCUCUUUCCGCUGCGAGUGUGAGGCUGGCUACACCUUCAACAGCAUCGGUCGUACUUGUGAGGAUGUUAAUGAAUGCAGGCACUACCCUGGCCGCCUGUGUGCUCAUAAAUGUGAAAACAUUCUGGGAUCCUACAAGUGUAGCUGCACCAACGGCUUCAAGCUAGCCGCUGACGGCAGGAAUUGUGACGAUUUGAAUGAGUGCGAGAGCAACCCAUGCAGUCAAGAGUGUGCCAACGUGUACGGGUCCUACCAGUGUUACUGUCGACGUGGCUACCAGCUCAGUGAUAUAGAUGGCAUGACUUGUGAAGAUAUAGAUGAGUGUGCCCUGCCCACCGGAGGUCAUAUUUGCUCCUAUCGCUGUCACAACACCCCUGGCAGCUUCCACUGUUCCUGUCCUGUCAGUGGCUACACCUUGGCACCCAAUGGGCGCAGCUGCCAGGAUAUUGAUGAAUGCGUUACAGGAACACACACAUGCUCAGUGAAUCAGAGCUGCUUCAAUGUGCAGGGAGGAUUCAGAUGCUUGUCCUUCGAGUGCCCAAACAACUAUCGGCGUGUUGGAGAGACUCGAUGUGAACGCUUGCUUUGCAAUGAGUCUGUCGAGUGCCUGGCCAUGCCCCUGAGAAUAACCUACUACCACCUCACCUUCCCCACCAACAUCCCCGUCUUCACCAACAUCUUCCGCAUGGGCCCCACCCACACCGUGGCCGGCGAUGACAUCCGGAUUGUUAUCGCUGCCGGCAACGAGGGCGGUUUCUUCCAGACAGAGCAGGUGCCCAACGGUGGCGUGAUGUCGGUGGCAAAGCUCAUCAACAAGCCACAGGACUUAGAGCUGUCUCUGGAGCUAAGGCUGCGUCGCUACAGCACGCUCAGCACAUACUUGGCUAAAGUGCUGGUGUUUGUUACCCAGGAGGAGCCCAGAGUACCUUACAAUCCCCUCCUAGAAUAAACACAGGAGUUGCGUAGGGUUGCACAAGUUACUGCACUCUUAAAAAAGGAUGUGUCAUUUUAAAUGCGUUGUCUCGAAGAGAAAACAGAAAAAGUUCAUCCACAACACAAAAUGCAUGCAAGAUGACCACACAGUAUGUUGAUAGCAAAGUGCAACUUUAUGUGGCAUACUGCAUGGAUGCAUUCAGAUAAAUAUACAAAUAUAUGCUAUGAUUUCCAAUUAAUGAUCAUUAUAAGACCAAUAUUCAUCUUUACUACUAAAGAUAAUUCAUGUUUCUGUCAUCCAUUGACUUAAUAGGUUUCGGCCUGUCUAAACUCAUGGCUGUAUUGACUCAUGGCCUGAUGAACCAGCUUUGGGGCCCUGAUCCAUAAAUUAACUAAGGGCCCCUAAUGACCCCAUGUAGUCCUUCCUACAGUAUCUGUGCAUUAUCCCAUCUUCUUAAAAUAUACAAAUUAAUUGACAAUGUGGACUUUGACAAAAAAAAAAGCCAAUUUCACUUGAGACCAAGUACAUACACAUACAUAUUCUUAAAGGAAUAUUUUGAUAUAUUCGGGACUAGAUGAGGAGACUGAUACCCAAGGUCUCAAUCGCUAGUUUCAAGUCUUCUUCAAUUAAUCAUGAUGUUGAUUUAGUAAAUUAGGGUCCCAUUUAGAGUACAGUAGAUGAUAAAGCAGGAUAUGCUUCAGGGCAUGGAUACCUUGUGAUUUAGAGGUUGAUUUACAGGCCAGACAACCACGGCGUUGUCUGGCCUGUAAGUUGUCCGUGUUUUUACAUUUUAGAACUUUUAACCUUUCAUGGUGUGUUUAUAGUUCAUGGAAGUUAAUUGUAACAUUUUGGUCGUCGACAAAUGUCCACGUUCAGUUGCAGCUCCACCCUCUCGUGUCACUUCUGGUUGUCCGGUCAAUCAUCCAGCAUUUUCUAUUUCACUUUUUUGGUAAAGAAUUACCACAAAAAUGACUUUGUUCGACACUAAGCACGCGUUAAAAUGGCACAUCAUUGUUUAAGGGUGGAUAUGAAAAAACAAUACAACUCACAGAGUGAGAAGAAAGAAGCACAGUUUGAUAGCAUAUCAUGUAGCAUUUUACAUAAUCAACUUGUUAACACUAGAUUUAAGGACCAUUUAUUCUGCAUUAGGAAUUAGGUGUAACUGAAUCUUUCUUCGUGGAGGUAAGGCAUCGUGAUAGCCGCUAGGUGGCGUUCUAGGUCAGGUUAAAUCAUAAAAUGGUAACGAGUCUACCGACCCAAGUCUGCCUUUAACUGAGUGUAAUUUGAUGACGGUUGCAUGAUAAAGUCUGAGAUUUUGCAGGAUUUUAUGGUUUUUGUGUUGGAUGAACAGUUUUCUAUUAAAAUUGAAAUAGAAAUAACACAUGUUCAAGUCAAAUCCAGUUCUUGAUAAUGGUACAUUGUAGGGUUUAAUCAAAUACUGUAAAGGGAGAAGCUGGAAUGUGAGGCCAAAUCACAGAUGGAGGCUAUGUGACUUCCUCACAUAGUUUCAUAUUACUAUUAUUCCAACAUCUUCAGUCAAGAGGGAAUCCAUUGAUAUAUGCAAAUCUCUAGUCAUGUAUAUAUUCGAAGCUAUACAUUACUACAUGUAUCUAUACACAAGGUAUUUUAAUGCUAACGCUAUGAAGCAACAUAUUUUAUUUAUACAAUUUAGUUAUUAUUGUCUCCUGAUGAUUUUAAAGCGUUCCUACAUUAGUAAUGUUUGUAAACACAGAAGCAAAAUGCCUGUAUUUUAAAUCGGCCAAGAAACAUUACAAGUCAAAUUUCCCAUCGAUAAGUCAAACCCUUCAGUUAUAUGAGCAUAUAUGUCAAAUUUCACUAUUUAUUAAGUCCAUAGAUUAAUUCUUCACAUCCAAAUUCCUAUCAAAAAUGAGCCAGACUUUUCCUUUUAAUGCAUUGUUGCUCCCACUUCCCAAACAUCAGUUACCUUGCAUCGCAAAUAUGUCUUUCUGUGGCAGUUAUUUUCAUGCACAUCUAUUUAGCUCCCAUUACAUUUUAGACUUAAUGUGAAAUGCACAGAUUUCCACUGCAUACUGCGGGUGUAAACCCCAAAGCAGACAGAUAAUCCAAAUGAAGGCUGAGUAAGUGACACGCGAUGGGAUGCAGUGGCAAAGGAGAGGGAAAUGUGCACCAGCAGGAGUGGGUAUAAAUAGUUUGACAUGCUGUGAGGCUGCUGCCCGAGGGCUGUGGCUUAUAAUAACUGUAAAUUCAGAUGUCCUAGGUUCCUCCUGUCCUGAGCUGUCAGGCCAGUAAGGAUGCACUUGGUCCCUAGUGGGGAUAUCCUUAAAAUAAGAACAUAGUGGUGCGCAGAAGGUUUUUUCCUCCCCUUUGACAUUGAGUUAUGGGGCUCUGGGCUCUGGCCGGUGGUCUGAACAAUUUGUGGUCCAGCAACAUCACCGCGCACAGAAUGAAUGAUGCCCUGCAGUGUUUGUGUUGGGUCGUUAUCAAUGUGCCGACUAUAAAUAAUAAUUACCAAAAAAAAUAAAAGGCCUUACGCUUGACCAGAGGACUUUCAUCCAAACAGUCUGUUUUUCUUUCUGGUCUGAAAGUAUUGGGGUUUUUCUCCUGGGCUGGGCCACGUGACGCAUGGGGGAGAUGAAGAAGACGUGCAUUAGUGCAUGCACGCGCGCACACACACAUACACACACAUACACACAUACAUAUACAGAAGCAUGUUUGCAUGCACAAAGGCACACAUGCACAAGUAAACAUACACAACCAUAUUGGUAUUUUGGGUGCAGAAAUAUACAUAUAUUAACACACACAUGAAGCUGUAAUUAGCUCCACUUGCUGCCCUUGCUUUGAAGGGGGCAGUUCAUCCUGGGGCAUUAUCUUCUCGUAAAUUUACUCUCUGCCCCAACAGAGCUUUCACCUUGUCCUCUAGAGCCCUGCUCGGGUCUUUCUGCAGCUCAGGCUGUGGUAUUAUAAACUAGGAGAACAUUUUGUGGGUUUGGCGCGGGCCAAAGCAAAACUUGGACCCACCCGCUAAUUGCUAAUUACAAGCCCCUACCCAGUGGUGGCUUGACUUUUUGUCAGGGGCUUCUCUCCUCACUCUCCAUGGAAGGAGCCCUGCAACCCAAGCCGGGCCUGGGCUUUGAGCUGCAGCAUAUAGGUCCCUCGAGGAGCGCCAGAGAUCCACGGCCCAUGACUCACAAUGCGGCUAUAUGGCUGCCAUGCACAUUAACUGGACUUAUACAUGGCAACUUGGCUGUUUUCAUAACCCAAUAUAACCGUGUACUGACUUGUCUCCUUUGUGAAAACCGAGCUUAAAUUUAACAUCUUGGAUGUCGAACGCAAGGCUUUUAUUUAGUUUCAAUAGCUCUCUCGUGAUCACAAGUUUCUCAUUGUUUCAAAGACAAACUCUUGAUUUAUGAGGUUGUUAGUGCCUUAGAAGCCUCUUUUAAAGUCUUAUGUAGCAGACAGGUAGUGAAUAGGGAUACUUCAGGUGGCGUUAGCCUUAGGAGCCAGCAGAGGCCCUCUAUUCCCUCCGACCUGUCACUGAUUAGUCUGUGGAAUAAACAAAGCCCUAAAUAAUAGGAUGAGAGCUGCCCUGGGGAGAGGCUGGGGAGUUGUCUAGUCAUGUUGCUCACAAUUUAGGAGUCUUUUAGAAUACUCCCUUGCCCCAUAAAUCCUCCUCAAGAGAUUAUCUGAUGUGAAGCCGGAGAUGCUCAGCAAAUCCAAAUAUUUUCCUGAGCAGGUUGUGGAUCAUUCUUUGUGGGUGUAGUAAUUCAUUUCCCACACAGCUUGAAAUCGUGCAUCAGAAAAGCAUCAAUGGCAAGCGCUAGUCUCCACAAGCUACAAAGGUUGGCUUCGACAUGAGCUUUGGCCAUUGUUGGUUUAUUAUUCUUCCAAAUCACAUAGAAUAAGAUUGUUUUUGAUGUUGACUGCUACAUCCAGUAUCCCUGCUGUCUUGUUCAGAUAUUGUUUGUAUAGCGGCCAUUGGAGUUGUCUCACUGAGUUCUUGAUUACGCAGUGGGCUGCCCUUAAGGAUGCCUUGUUAUUGUGAGCUUUGGGAAACCAAAGGCAGUUGACUCUGAAGUCUUUCUAGAGACAUUACCUAAAGGUCUGAGGCCAUGUGUGUGUGUGUUUGUGCUUUCUUUUUUUUUUUCAAUGUCUGUUCCCUC